UUUUGGUUGUAUUAUCGAUAGAGACUCUGAUAUGAUUUUUGGAAAGUUACCGGAAGAUCAGAGAAAGAAUUUAAGAGAAAUCUUAGAUUUACCAUAUCAUAAAUUUGAAAUGAGUCCAAUUAUUUCUGAAUUUGUUAAAGUUCUAUUAGAAAGAUCGAAAAGUUUAAACAAAAGAGAGAUGAUGGUUUCUCUUCCGCCUAUAUCGAUGAACUUUCAAGGAAAUGAUGAGGAAUUUGAAGAUAUAUGUGUGAUGUAUAGAAUUAUAGAUUCAAUACGACAUAUCUGGUGUCACUUUAAAGACGAAAAUAAGGCUGAAUAUACGGAGGGAACGUAUAUUGUUCGAAUAGUAUCAAGCUUUCUUGAUCCAUUAUUCUGCUAUGAAAAUGCCAAACUUAAAAUUAUCUGGGCUGAAGAAGUCUCGGAAGCAUCCCAACGUCGGAUGGAUGAUUCCGGGGAAACAAGAAUUGGGCAUAAGCCUGAUUUUCGGAUAAAGUCACCAUUAAUAGUUGAUGAAGUGGAAAUAUGUCUUAUGGAAGCUUCACGAGUUCUUCCUACUGAUAAAAAAAUUCGGGAAGACUGGGAUAAGUUGAUAAAACUUAUGAAGGAUGCCCAUGUAAGAUUGUUGAGGAAGCUUACUAGAGGAAGAGCAGGGGAAAUGAAAGGCUUAGAAGAAGAGCUUAAUAAGGUUCCAGUGUUUGGCAUUCAAGUUGCUGGUGGAACUUUGGCAUGUUGGGUUAUGACUAUGCCAUUUGGUGCUUUCUACUUUGUUCAACGUCUUGCCUCAGUACAAAUUCCGAUGAAUCGGGGACAGUCUUCACUUACCGAAUUUAUGAAUGAAUUGUGGAAGUUGAGAGCAAUUCUACGGAACCAUAUCCGUGCCCUUAAUGAAAUUAUAGAAAAAGUCGAUUCAUCUUUAUAUAAUAUAGCUAUUU